AUGGGAUUCGUCUGCCUGCUCGUGGUGAGCCUUAUGGCCCGAGGUCAUCUGGCACUCACCGUGGAUGAGUGCGGAUCUGAAGCCAGACGGCCAGAGUACACAGACAUCUCAGUGGUGUGUGGGACCAGCUCCAUUGAACUGGCCAUCCAGAUGUGCCCUGUCGUCUAUACGGGCUACAACGAGAGCCUCCUGAUCCUCAACCACAUCACAGACCAGGUCGGUUGCCGUGGCACCCUGGACGAGUCGGUCUCGCCGCCCGUGGCACGCUUCACCUUCCCACUGAGACAAGCAGACGCCUGCGGAAGCAUCUUCCUGACGACCAGUGCUCCUGGGACAGGUGUGUUUGCUGACUUCUCCAACAUCCAGACGGUCAACAUCAGUGGGAUCGUCCGCUCGUACGACCCCACUGUUGGCACGGUGACCUACAAUGCUGAGUUGAAGUACUUGUAUUCCUGCGCAUACCCACUGGAGUACCUCAUCAACAACACUCAAGUGGACGUGUCUUCUUCCUCCAUAGCAGUGAAGGACAACAAUGGUAGUUUCAUCAGCACCCUGAGCAUGCAGCUGUUCAGUGAUCAAGACUACACUAUCCCUCUCAUCAUCCCACCCCUGGGCGUGGAGUUGAGGACAGAUAUCUUUGUGCAGGUCAUCGCUGCAAAUCUGACCUCCCAGUACCAUGUGCUUCUGGACCGCUGCUAUGCCUCCAUAUCACCCCAACCUUUCAACUCCACCUUCUUCAACCUCUUUGUGUCGUGUUCCGUGGACCAGAUGACCACCAUGUUGGAGAACGGGGACAGCCAGAGGGCCCGGUUCUCCUUCCCUGCGUUCCGUUUCACGGAACAGCAGAACCAGACCAUCUCCACUUACUACCUGCACUGCAUCACCAGGCUCUGUGAGAUCAGCACCUGCGGCCAGUUUAAGGUAUGUAACACUCCCAGCAGUGGGCGUCGGCGUCGGCGUGAUGCUGAGAUCACCAACAUCCAGGACGGCGUCUCAGGCCCUACACUCAUCACCUCCGUCCCCAUCAAGACCCAGAGUGACACCCCCUUAUCUGGUGGCCCUCAAGACGGAGAGCGCGGUGCGUCGGUGGGUCUGGGCAUCGCCGUGGGCGUUCUGAUCCUCGUCGGAGUCGUCGCCGUUCUCCUGGCGUUGACCUUCUACCGGAAGCUCCGCCGGCUACGCUAA